ACGUGGAAAAUGCAGUUGACGUUUUUAUUUGGUUUGCUGUGCUGCUUGGCCCAAGGCAGUCAGGCCUGGCGACCAUGUCCGGAGCUCAGUCCCGCAUUGCGCUUGCCAUGCAGGUGCAAUGUGGUGCCUUUUGCGGCAACUGGUCAACUGGGCGCCGUGGCCAUGGACUGCGAUCGAGUCGUCUUUCACAGCGAUGCGCCGCAGCUGCCUUAUGGAGCGCCCAUCGUGGCGUAUACGCAACGUCAUAGCGGCCAGCAAACGAUGCCCGCACAGACAUUUGGUCAACUAAAGCUGCCCAUCGAGGAGCUGGAUCUGUCCAACAAUCUGAUACGUCGCAUACCAGAGAAAGCAUUCGACGGGCUGAAGGAUUCGCUGAACGAACUGCGCCUGGCCAACAAUUUGCUGGGCGACAAUCUGAAUCCCAUAUUCUCGACGGCUGAGCUGCACGCCCUGAAGAAUCUGCGCCUCUUGGACCUCUCGGGCAACAAGAUCAAACUGAUCGAGGAGGGUGUGCUCAAGGGUUGCAUGGACCUCAAGGAGUUCUUCAUGGACCGCAAUAGCUUGACCGCAGUGCCAGUCAACUCGCUGAACGGACCCAGCGCUCUGAAGCAUCUGUCUUUGCGUCAGAAUCACAUAGCUACUCUCUAUCGGGACUCCUUCAACGCGCAGGCUCAAUUGGAGAUCAUCGAUCUGCGCUAUAAUAUCUUGCGCAGCAUUGACAGCCAGGCCUUCCACGGACUACACAAGAUAAGGGAAAUCAAGCUGGCUGGCAAUCGUCUAACCAAUCUCAACAGCGACGUCUUCGAACAGCUUCACUCUUUGCAGAAGCUCGAUCUGUCCGAGAACUUCUUUGCUCAAUUUCCCACGGUGGCACUGGCUGCCAUCACAGGACUCAAAGCUUUGAAUCUAUCCUCUAAUAUGCUGCAGCAACUGGACUACACGCACAUGCAAGUGGUCAAGUCUCUGGAGAGCCUAGAUCUGAGUCGCAAUAGCAUCACGAGCAUAUCGCCUGGCACAUUCCGCGAUCAGAGCGCACUCAAGUACCUGGAUCUCAGUCUCAAUUCGCUGCGAACGAUUGAGGACGAUGCACUGGAGGGUCUGGAGAGUCUGCAAACGUUGAUCAUCAAGGAUAAUAAUAUUUUGCUAGUGCCGGGCAGCGCUUUGGGUCGCCUGCCACAGCUCACCUCACUGCAGAUGGAUUUCAAUCGCGUGGCAGCACUUUCGUCAGAAAUUCUCGGCUCUGUCCAAGCGGCAGAUAUUACCACAUUGUCGCUAUCUCGCAAUGUUAUACGAGAGCUGCCACCAGGCAGCUUCCAAAUGUUCAGCAGUCUGCACACACUCGAUCUGUCGGGCAAUUCGUUGGUCUUGAUCAAUGCGGAUACCUUUGCGGGCCUGGAGGGCACCUUGAUGCAGCUGAAGCUGGGACAGAAUAAGCUCAGUGGCUUGGGCAAUAUGCCGCUUACACUGCCCGAGCUGCGCAGCCUGGACCUAAGCAGCAACACCUUAACGGAGUUGAGCUUGAAUAUCUUUGAGGAUUUGGAGAACCUGCAGUCGUUGAAUUUGAGUGGAAAUCAUUUGACGCCUUUGAUGCCGGCGCUCUUCCGGCCGCUCGCUCGACUGCAGAUCAUUGAUCUGAGUCAGUGCAGCAUCCGGCAGUUCAGCGGCGAUCUGCUCGGUGGUCUGCAGGACCUGAAGCACAUUCACUUGGCUGGCAAUCAGCUGCAAGAGCUGCAGGACGGCAGCUUUGUCAAUCUAUGGAACAUUAGCUCCAUUGACUUGUCCAACAAUCAGAUCAAUUCGAUACGCGCCGGCGCCUUUGUCAAUGUGAUGCAAUUGAAGCGCUUGGAUUUGCAUGGCAAUCAGUUGUCGGCAUUCAAGGGCGAAUUCUUCAAUACGGGCACUGGCAUUGAGGAGUUGGACAUCUCACGAAACCAGCUCAGUUAUCUCUUCCCCUCCUCGUUUCGCAUACAUCCACGUCUGCGCGAGAUCAAGGCGGCACACAACAAGUUCUCCUUCUUCCCCGCCGAGCUGAUUGCCUCAUUGCAGUACUUGGAGUCCAUUGAUCUGUCGCACAAUCAAUUGAAGACGGUUGAGGAGCUGGACUUUGCCCGUUUGCCACGUCUGCGUGUUCUGCUCCUGGCCCACAACCAACUGGACAUGGUCAGCGAGAUGGCCUUCCACAACUCCACCCAGCUACAAAUCCUCGAUCUGUCGCACAACAAUCUCGAUCGCAUUGGUGAACGCACCUUUGAGGGUCUCGUGCGCCUGGAGCAGUUGAAUCUGGAGGACAAUCAGCUAGCUGAGCUGUCGGACAAUGUCUUUGAGCACACCAAGCUGCACAUGUUGGAGAACAUAAAUCUGGCCAGGAAUCGCUUUGAGUACGCUCCACUCAAGGCCUUGCAGCUGCGCUACUUCUUCGUCUCCUCGGUGGAUCUGAGCCACAAUCGCAUUAGGGAGCUGCCACGAGAUGAUAGCAUUAUGGUGAACAUCAAACGCAUAGAUCUGUCCUACAAUCCACUUACCAUGCAGGCGGUGCACAAUGUGCUCCAUGAACCGAAAACUGUGAGGGAAUUGAAUCUAGCCGGCACAGGCAUUGAGGAGCUGCAGCUGCUCGAGACGCCCUUCCUACAGUAUUUGAAUCUCUCGAACAACAAGUUGCGUAACGUUAAGGCGGAGGUCUUCCAGCGGGUUACACUGCUGGAAACUCUGGAUCUAUCCAACAAUAAGCUCGAGUCCCUCAAUGAUCUAUCGCUGGCGUGGCCACAGCUGCAGGUGCUGCAGGAACUGGAUGUGUCCAACAAUAGCUUGGAGCUCAUCUCGCACUCCAACUUCGCUCACCUGGAGAUGCUCCGCAGCCUGAAGCUCAAUCAUUUGCCACUCUGCAAUCGCAUCGAGAAGAACGCCUUUAAGCCUUUGAACAAUUUGGAAAACUUGGAGGCUUACGAGCUACCCCUGUUGGGUUAUCUGGAUGUUCAGGGCAUUAUGGAGCUGUUGCCUGGCCUGGAGAAGCUUGACAUUGAGGUCAAGGAUGCGACCAUAGGCAGCGAGCAAAUACAGCCAUUGAAGCAUCCAAGACUCAGCUCCAUUGGCAUACGGGGCGAGCGCCUGAAGUCCAUCUCAUCUGGCACUUUGGCUGGGCUGAAGAGCAACGACUUGACCAUCAAGCUGCAGAAUACCUCGCUGAGUGCAUUGCCUCCCGCAUUACUGUUCCCAGUGCCGCGCUCCUCGCACCUGACCCUCAAUGUGGAGGGCUCGAAGAUUGCGUCACUUGUGCCGCAAUUCCUGAAUGCCUUGGACGAUCGUCGAGCCAGUCUGCAGCUGCAGGGCUUGGCCAGCAAUCCCAUCAACUGCAAUUGUGAUGCACGUGCUCUGCGACGCUGGCUGCCCAGCUCGAGCAUGUCGGAGCUGUUGUGCAGCCAGCCGAGCUACCUGGCUGGUCGCAAGCUCACCGAGGUGGGCGAUGAUGAGCUCACCUGCGACCCGCGACGCAUGACCUCCACAUCGGCGCGUCCUUCGAUGCCGCAGCUGCAAAAAAGCUCCGCCUCCAGUCAGCUGGUGACACGCACCAGCAGCAGCGCCCACACAGAGGAGCCACUCAUCAUCUGGAGCAUGGAGCCCACACAGCCCACCAUCAUGAAGAUCAAGACAAAGGCGCCGCUAAUGAAGGCCCAAGCGCCGAUCAUCAGCAACGAUGACACACUCAUCAUUGGCAUUGUUGGCGGCGUGGUCGCCUUCAUUGCCAUACUCAUUAUCAUCAUCUGCAUCAUCAGGCUGCGCAUGAGCAAUGCCGAGUAUCAGCAGAGCGCCGCCAUGAUGGGCCUGCCGGCCAUGCAGCAGCAGCAGCUGGGCGCCCACAAUGCUGCCUACAGCUAUAAGAAUGGAGCAGGUGCUGCAUUGUAUGCUGUGCCCCCAUAUCAGGCGAACUAUGCCACGCUGCCGCACAAGGCGGCCUCCAUACAUCAUCAAUCAACGCAAAAUCUCAGCCAGCGUCAGCAGCAACAGCAGCAGCAGCAGGUGCAACAGCAGGCGCAGCAGCUGGCAGCGCAACAGGCAGCAGCUGCGGCCGCCUACUCCACCAUGUCACGCAUGUCGUACUUCAGUGGUGCGGGCGCUGGGGGUGGUGCUGCCAGCGCCGAUGGUGCUGAGAGCUUGACGCAUCACCAGCAUCAGCAUCAGCCCUACAUCAUCUACUCGGACGACAAGGCCUACAGAUAGACGUGGCUAGGUACAUUCCAAACCAAGCACUCAGUCAGCUGCAGAGCUUGGCCAACACAGGUUCUACACAAUCGUCAUUCGUCGUCAGCUUAUGUAUGUUGUAUAUAGACUAUAGUUCAUUCCCUAACCGUAUGCGUAUCUUAACAUAAUUAAGUCAAAAAAUAUAA